AAUUUGUUGAAAUUUUCAUCAUUUUUUGUUGUGGAUAACUAUAAAAAUCAUUUUUAAGUAUUGAAAUUUCACUUAAUUUCUUUACUUAUUGUAAAAAACUUGCCAAAAAUCUCAUGCCAAAAUAGCUAGUUUGACCUAAUGAAGUUAGAGUAGGAAUUUUCAAAUGCAGCAGCAGACAAGGUGAAGGGCGUUUUAGUUUAACCAUUACAAUUACAAACAAAUAAAGAAUUGCAAAGUAUAAAAAGGAUGUGCUGACUAAAUUUUUUUAAAAAAAAAGUUUCACCAUUAAAACCUGGAAGUGAACAUCUAGAUUUUUAUAUUACAGUCCCUUUUUCGAUGAUGUAUUCUUGUUUAUGCCUGACUUUCUUUCCGUUUUCAGUGGCCCAACCUGCACAGACGCUGGAACCAGAACCGGAGUCAGUCAUAGCGUUAACAACUGAGCCGAAACGGAAGAAGAGCAAAGGGAACAUCAAGAAAAAGCGGAGAGGUAGCAAGAAGCUUGAUCUUGAUGAGGUCAACGAAUCCUCAGCUCUUCACGCUGAUCCGGACGAACCAGAUCCCGGAAUAAAAGCAGAUUUGCAGGAGCGAGACGGUGGUGAGGCCACAAAAGAAGAUGAUGGCCUGGAAACGCAGAGCAUGGAUGACGAUGGUGACAAGAAGAGAAAAGGCAGAAAGGACUCCAAGUCGAAGAAGUCAAAGAAAGGAAGACGCAGCCCUGUCACUUUGGUGGAAGAAGCUCCAAAAUUACCUACGCCACCUCCUGAAUAUGUCACUGUCAAGAAAGUUGUGACGAAAGUAGUGCCGGCCCCACAACUUCACUGCCAUUUUGGUGCAGUGAAUGGAAACAAAAUUGAUAUAAACCAGCAAUAUGCUUACUUCAUCCGUCAAUGUUACCAUCCAGUUCCGCUCACUGAUACAUGGGAAGAAGCUGUGGCUGAGAUGCCUGUCUACUUUUUGGUUGGGUCUAUCAGUGGAAAUUUUUUGCCUGGUCUCCGGACUUUAAUCAAACAAGUUUUCAUGUCCCUCAUCUCAUGCCAGUUUCAAGACCCCUUACUGGAAUUGAAACGGAAAUCGCGGACUAAAGAUGACAGUGACGGCACAAAACAGGCUCACUACCCACCAACAAUGGAAGCUUUUUGUCGACCAUCAGACUUUUGGCGAAUGGCGCUCAAAAUGCAGCAGGAGUUUGCUGCCGAAGAAGCUUUUCUUGAGCAAGAUCGUGUGGUGGAAGUCGUGCCAGUGGUCAAACGUAGAUCCCUUGAGGCUCAAGAUUCGCAGGAGGAUCCACAAACACCAGAGUCUGAAACGGAAGAGGAGGUCACAAUGUUACGACCUUUAGAUAUUGAGGAGAGUGUUGAGGGCGCUAUUGAUUUGGAUGAACUCGUAGCCGCACACCUUGGAAUGCCGUUGGGUGAGAUAACGUCAACAAUUCGGAGGAAAUCAAGCACGGCCUCAGCGACGUCCCGAAGAACAUCGGCUCUUUUACUUGAUGAUGCCAACGCUGAAUGCGAGCCUUUUAAAGUGGAAAUGCUUAAGCAACUUGAGUCCCUCAUCAAAAUGAUUGAUUGGACACAAAAUCACCUAACAGGUGACAUUAGUUUGCCAGUGCCAAAUCUACCAGAGCUCACAAGCAAAGAUUUCAAACCAGAACUUUUGAGUAAAAAUGAAGAGGUCGUAACAAAGUUGGAAGAGGCAGUGAAAUUGUGGAACGAACGACUGAGUAAAAAUUUGGAGCGCAUAACUAGUAAAAAACCUGUUGGAGACGGACCAAUCGCUGAGUACACGCACUGGCAUGAGUUAGAAGCUGAGCUGAGCAUUCUGCAAGAGCAGCUUAAUACCCCGAUGGUGUUAAAAGUUAUCAAUCUGUUAUCGCUUACAACCUCAGAGCAUUUUGUCAAGUUCAGAGACAUUCAAGCAGAUCUAAGGAGGCAUUUUGUCGAAACGCAAGAUAACGUCAGAUUUUUAUCAACUAUUCUCUGUCAUUUUAAAGUUUUAAUGGAAAGUGACUCUUUAGGUGAGAUCAAAAACUGCUUGUAUGAUCUCAUGGAAGGGCUCAGAAUCAUCUGGUAUCUCUCAGUUUACUAUUCUAAAGAUGAAAAUAUGGCAAUUCUGCUGGAAAGAAUCAAAUGGGCACUCUGUUUUAAAGUCGAAAAUCUACUCAAUGUCUCCAAGCUCUUCAAUCAGGACCUGAGGAAGGUGGAAAAGCUGACAAACGAAGCAGUGGAUUUGCUUGUUGCAUGGCGGCAAAGCUACCUUGACACGAGGAUGAGGAUUGAGACAACUGGUACCAGUGUGCGAUGGGAAUUCAAUAAAGAGAUGCUUUUCUCCGAGUCUGACUACAUGGCUGCUGUAGCUGAUGAUUUGAACCAUGUUUCCAAAGUAAUGUUAGAAUUCCACAAUAUUUUUGGAGCAGAGCUUAAGUCGAUAAUCAGUGAUCCGGUGCAGAUCGAUGCUGUGGUAAAGAAGGUUGAAUCGAUGUGUCAUCCAAUAGUGAAAGCUGAUUUUGAAAUCUUUUCGAAAGAUUCAAAAGAGCAUUGGGAAAAUAUCAUGCAGUGGUUUGAAAAUCAAGUGGCAGCUAUUGAAAACGAGGCCAAAUAUUUCAUCAACGAGUCUUUCACUCUACUGAGGAGCUCUGAAGAAGCUCUCGAAAUCCUACAAAAAUUCAAUUACAUCGAUACUCGAGCUACAAUUCAAUCACAGUUGAAAACAAAGUAUGAGCCCAUUUUGCACCAGUUUAUGAAAGAAGUUACCACUGUCGAAAAUAUAUUUCAGAGUCAGAAAGCAUCACCACCGCUUCUGCGUAACUAUCCUCCGGUGGCCGGGAGCAUAUUUUGGGAGCGUUUCUUGUUUCACCGCAUUAAGAGGCCUAUUCUAGCUUUUCAAAAAGUUGACGCAAUUACUGCUCUCAGUUUUAAAAACACCGUUUUCCAAGAAUACCUGGUAUUAGUAAAGCAGAUGAAAGAGUUUGAAGACGAGAAGUAUAACAAUUGGUCCAAAAAAGUUGUCCCUCUCGUAGAAACAGCGCUGACCCAAGAAGUUAUUGAGUUGGUAGAAAGUGACAGAUUUGUAGAUUUGGUGCUAAACGAGCAGAGCAAGAAAGCAAAAGAGAACAAUCUGCGCAUGAUCAGCAUGAAACAUCUCAAGCAGUUACGAUCCAGAACAUCCAAGUCUGUGUCAAAAUUCAAAUCGCACACUAAACGGAAAAAAACUCAGAAAUCUAAAUUAGACAUUGAAGACGCUCUUAUUCCAGCAGUUUCGCCAACUGCUAUGAGCCCGCUUGCACUCACCAUGAAAUGGCUCACAGGAUCUCAGUCCAAAGCAGAUGUUCUUUAUUCGACAAAGUAUGGGACCAUCAACCCAAAGGCAAGAAUGAAACGAAUUCAUACAUUGGCCUGGGGUGAAUUUAUUGAAGACGCACUCCUCAUUGAACUGAAAUUGGGGAUUCGUAUGAAUUUUACGGACUCCCUCUUCGAAGUGAUUUCUGAAGCUAAGCUGAUGGAACAACUAGGAUUCAAACUACCGAAUCUCAUUCGGACACUUAUUGCCAUUGAAAUUCCAUUAUUUGACGCCCACAGAAUCAUCAAGAAUAUGACCCAUGAGUACUGUGCCCUUGUGAAUCGACUCGAUGUCCCUCAGCUUCUAUUUGCAAAGGACCACCUAAGGGACGUUGAAAACCAGUUACAUCCGGGCUUGGUACGCAUCAAUUGGUCUUCGCUUCAAAUAAAAUCCUACGCAGAGAAGGUUCUACUGAAAAUAAACAACCUGAAGAAUCUGGUCAUGCAAAUGGAUAGCUGCAGUGAGAAACUUGACCAGAAGAUGUCUCUGAUUGGUGCCUUUGACUUGUUCUCUCUCAUUCAGUCCACUCAUCGUCUGGGGACUAUUAGUUGUUUUGAUUUCUUUGAAAAGUUGGAGGCAAUUCAAGUGGAGAAAAUGAGCAAAAUCCUGAACCUGUACAAGCUACUCGGGCCAAUUUUAAUGAAACUUGAGUCCACGGUCCUACAAACUAACUCUGGCAAAUCUCCUUUCAUGAUAUUUUACUACACAAAUUGUGAGAAAAAAAUUUUUCACACUUUCAUUGACGUAUGCUUGCAAAACCUCAGAGGAUUUGAUGAUUUUCUGAAUGGUAAAGAAUCAGUAAUCAUGAUCGAAGCUCUACUAGGCCCUCAAAAUGUAUAUUUGCAACCAAAUUUUGUUCAAAUUUACAAUUUAAUAAUACUUACCGUGAGACGUUUUAUGGAGAAUUUCAAGAAAAUCCCUCGCUGGAUGCAUGGAACUUGUCUCUUGUGCCCGGAAGUCUUCUCCGAGGACAAAGAGUUCAAACAUUUAUUCUCAUUUUAUGAUGAUUUAAUCGGUGUAAAAGCAAUUAAUGAUUUGUUGUUACAAAUUAAACUAACAGCCCACCGUUUAGUAGAAGACUUGAGUAGAUACUUGUCCAAAUGGAGGAAGUAUCAAAGUGUUUGGUUGCUCGAUAAAGAUGCAAAUGUUGAGAAAUUUGCUGCGCAAAACCCAAAAUUCAAUGCAUACGAAGAGAAGUUCAGUUUUUACUCAGACAUGUUAGCAGAAUUGAAUGCAAUUGAAACAUUUACAGACAUUCAAUGCAUAAGAAUUGACUUGACGAAACUGAUCGACAGUCUGAAAACUCACUUGGUUCUUUGGAAAAAUAAACUUGGUGAGAAGCUUGCCAAUGACACUCGAAAGGUGAUGAAUAAUUUCCAAGAAAAAAUGCUUGAGUUAAAAUCAAGCCUGGAGACAGGCGUGAGCGAAGUUGUAUCUUUUAAAAUCGUGCUCCAAGCUAUCGCGGAUAUCAAGCUUCUUAUUGUUGAUGCAGAGCUUAUUUUUGAAGAAGUCGAUGAGCGAUAUCACAUCAUGUCACUGCAGAACAUCGCAGUGUCAGCUGAGGAUCGGCAGUUAUUCUCCUCCCUCAAAUCAGACUGGCAUUCGCUCUUAGAUUUAUCCAUGUAUCGGAAAUUAUCUUUAGAACCAGCCAAGUCUGUAUUCGCUCAAAUAACAAGGAAUGACAUCAUGAAGUUUGGCGAGAGCACAGAAGUGUUUACGCAGCGCUACUACGAAGAAGGACCCGGCUCUAUAAAGCAAAACCUCAAACUCGGAGAAGGAAUAAUCGUAGAGUGGAGGACGUUAUUUGCAUCAAUGAACUCUGAGAGGGACGAAAUGCUGAAAGUUGAGAAGCUUUUCGACCUGCCAAAGUUCAGUUAUGAUAGUUACCUGGCCGCUUUUGCACACUUUCAGGGCAUGGAAGUCAUCUACGAGUUGUACCAUCGACAGAAAGCUGCUCGGGAGCAGUGGGGUAAAUCGUCUUGGCUCAACUUCAAUUCGCAGAUUCUGUAUGAUGGAAUCGAGGUGUUUCUGGCGGAGUUUCGACACCUUCCAGAAGCUGUUCAGUCGCUGGAAGCCGGGGGAGCCCUCCUCACAACAAUGCUCCAGUUCAAAGAGUCCAUUCCGCUCUUCGUCAAGCUUAAAAAUGAGGCGAUUCGCAGUCGACAUUGGAAAGAGCUCAUGAACAGGACAGGCAAACACUUUGACAUUUCCACAGAAGCUUUCAACCUGUUGUGCGUCUUUGAGAUGGAGUUGUAUGACCACAAAGCAGCGUGUCUCGAGAUCAUCAACAAUGCCCUCAAAGAGCUGGCGAUUGAGCUGAGUAUCAAGGAUAUCGUCACAACAUGGGAGGCAAUGCAGCUCCAGAUAGUAAAAUAUGAAGGCAAUAAGAGUGAUUGUGACAGCAGCUACAUGCUUGGAGAUGUUUCGGGAAUUCUAUUGCUUUUGGAUGAUCAUACCAUGAUGUUGCAGACGAUGGCCAAUUCGGAUUUUGUCGGAUCUUUUCUGCAAACAAUUCAAAAAUGGGAAAUGAAUCUUUCAAAUGUAAGUGAAGUUCUGGAUGAAUGGGUUAGCUGUCAAUCUCUCUGGCUGUAUUUAGCCGUUGGAGUUUUUUCAAAUUCUAUUCUAUCGGAGCAGCUCCCCGAAGAAAGAGAAAUAUUUGAUCAAGUUGAUCAAACGUACAGAAAGAUAAUGAUUGAGGCCUUCAAGAACCCACGUGUCUUAGACCAGUGUCUCGAUAGUUCCACCAGAAUACCAGAGUUUCAUGAUCUCCUCCUGAAAUUGGAGCUAUGUCGCAAGGCCUUAGAUCAGAUUUUGGACAGAAAACGCAUGAUGUUCCCUCGCUUUUUUUUCUUGUCAGAUGAUGAACUGUUGGCCAUACUGGGAACCCUGAAGCCCUUUCACAUCAAAAACUUCCUGAUCAAGUUGUUUGACAAUAUACAAAGCUGGGAUUUUAACGAAAGCAGUGAAGGGAAAUUUACCGUUUCGGCUGUUGUAUCCAAUGAAGGUGAAGCUAUCAAGCUGAAGUCUCCGCAGCAGGCUGUCGGCUUUCUAGAAGAAUGGAUGAAUUCGGUGACGGACGAAAUUUGCAAAACCAGCUGGCAUUUAAUCAAGAAAGCUGUUUACGACUAUGGGAAAGUCAAACAGCCACGUGCAGAAUGGAUUCUCAACUUUCAAGGAAUGAUUAUCUAUGCCGCUAAUUCAGUCUGGUGGACAGAGGAAGUUGAGAAUGUCUUCAGCAACAUAAAUAAGGGUGAAGUGAAUGCAAUGAAAGAUUAUCUCAGCAUCCAAAAUGAACAGCUGGAAGAACUUGCAGCUUUUCUAGAUCAUCUAUCACCUCUGGACAGGCGGAAAAUUAGUAACAUGAUUGUAGUCGAUAUCCACUCCCGUGAUGUCAUCGAAACUUUCGUGCAGAACAACGUCAACUCAAACGAAGACUUCGAAUGGAAGAAACAGCUACGGUUUUAUUGGGAGAAACCCAUGGAUAACUUCAUAAUCAGACAGUGUUCCACAGUUAUUUCUUAUGGUUUUGAAUAUUCUGGGCUCAGCGAAAGACUUGUCAUCACACCGCUCUCAGACAGAUUUUAUCUCACUGUAACUCAAGCUCUGUACUUUCAUCUUGGAGCCUCGCCAGUAGGUUUUGCUGGUGCUGGUAAAAGUGAAACAGUCAGGGAUCUUGCCAAAACACUCGGUUUGUUGUGCAUCGUCAUCCAUUGUACUAGCUCAAUGGAACUUGGCGUCUUCCAGUUGUGGCUGAAAGGUCUUUGCCAGUGUGGUGCUUGGGGUGUCUUUGAGAAUUUAAGCCAAGUCAAUUCCUCUACGCUCUCUGCUCUGUCCAUCCGAAUCCAGUCUAUAUUCUCUGCAUCAAAAAAUAACCUGAAGAAACUUAAUUUGGACGGUCAAGUGCUUGACUUCAAAGACUGUGUCAAUCUCUUUGUAACAGUUAAUCCGACAAGCAAUUCUUCAUUUCCAGAACAUCUAAAAUCAUUAUUCCGGCCGGUUGCAUGCACCAUGCCAGACCUAGAAUUUAUAUCCUUUGUCUUACUUUACUCCAAAGGCUUCACCUCUGCGAAGAUUCUGUCCAAAAAAAUCACUGUGCUAUUCAAGUUAGCAGCUGUCAAACUAUCGCAACAGCUCCAGUAUGAUUUUAGUAUACGGACGCUUAAACUGACUAUUGUAACUGCUGCUGCCAAGAAAGAAGAUGUAACGGAUGAAACUGUUCUGAUUGUGCAGGCUUUAAAGGACGUGUUUUGGCCAAAACUAGUUGAGAGUGAUGUUCAACUAUUCAACGAGCUCUUGAAAGAUAUUUUCGCAGAAGUUUAUUAUCAUCUGACUGUUGAUAAAGAUUUACUGGCUGUUAUCAAAAUGUCUUUACAGGAGAACAACUACAUUUUGGUGGAAAAGCAAAUCGAAAAGUGUGCGCAAUUAUACUACAUGCUUCAAAUCCACCAUGCGUGCAUGCUUGUUGGUCCAUCUGGUAGUGGUAAAUCGGUGAUUUUUCAGACGCUGGAGAAAAUUCAGAAGAAUUUACGUCUUUCAGGAAAGAUCCACCCUGUAAAUCCGAAGAGCUGUUCUGUUGAUGAACUUUUUGGAUGUGUUGAUUCAAGAGGGGUGUGGAGAGAUGGUGUGCUCAGUUCAAUUUUCCGAACAAUAAAUGCUGCAAACUACGCAAAAGAAAGAAAAUACAUUUUAUUCGAUGGAGAAAUCGACUCAACCUGGGUGGAAAAUCUGUCUUCGGUGAUUGACCAGACAAAAUUGUUGACACUUGGGAAUGGAGAACGGAUUCAGCUACUGUCACACUGUGCUUUGCUCUUCGAGGUGAGCCAUCUUCACAACACGCCUCCAGCAAUUGUGUCUCGAUUUGGGCUAAUUUAUGUCUGCCCAUUGGACUUGGGUUAUGAGGCGGUUUGGGAGCGAUGGUUGAAUAAGUUCUGUCACGAUGAGAAUAUCAAAUCCCUCAGAGAAUUUUCAAAGAAAUACCUGAAACCCAUCUUGAAGUUCAUCCUGGCCGAAAAACAUGAUUUUGAAGAGAGGCGACUGCCUGUUCAAACCGUGUUACCUUUAUCAAGCUUGAACAUGGUAACUCAAUUCUGUUUUAUUAUGGACGUUCUAUUACAAAACAUCAAAUCAAAAAAACACAAAAUCCCGGAUGAAAUCUUAGAGGCACUUUUCAUCGAGGGGUUGUAUGCAUCUUUUGGAGUAAUUAUCACAGCUGCUGAAAGAAAUGCAUUUGACUCUUUUGUUAAAAAUCUAACCGGCUUCUCGUUGGUUGAUAGAGACGAGAACAACCUCGUCGGAUUGCAGAGCUUGCCAUCAGAAAAGUCUUUGUACGACUGUUACGUAGAUGUCGAAAAGAAGUGCUGGUCAGCAUGGGAGGAUGCAAUAUCGCCAUCUGCACCAAGUGGAACAUUUUGUCCUAAAUUCCGUGACAUCUUCAUUCCAACUGCUGAUUCCUCAAAAUUACUCUCCUACUUGCAGCGGAUAAAUGAGCAUUAUUUCAAAGGAAAACCCCAGUUGGAAUUGAAAAAUCCAACUGUGCUGAUCAGCGAAGGAAGCACAUAUAAGACAGCAAUUAUGAACAAUUUCUUACGAAAUCUCAGCUGUGAUGAGUUUGCACAACUGAAAAUCAGUUUCUCUGCAAGAACAAAUUCUUCUGUCGUACAAAGCUGCUUAGAAACAAUGAUAUCUAAACGCACAAAAAGUAUCUAUGGGCCUGCGGAGAAGAAAUUGGUAUGCUUUUUUGAUGACCUCAGCGCACCAAAGGCGGAUGAGCAUGGUUGUCAACAAGUAAUAGCGUUUUUGCGCUCAUUGUAUGAGAAACAUGGUUUCUAUCAUCAGGGUGAAAACAUCCAGUGGAGAAAUGUCAAAGAUUUAGGCUAUUAUGCAGCAAUGUGCUGUGGUCACAACGGAAGCGGAGUUGAUCCACGAUUCUUGUCUCUGGUGUACGUUGUCAACGUGACCCAGCUCUCCGACUUAAUUGUCACGAAUAUAUUUUCAACAAUUUUGCAAAAUCAUACUCGUGAUUUCAUAAAAGAUAUACAGACGAUCGUUCCAGAUGUAAUCAAAGCAACUUCCGAAAUGUUCCAAAUAUUGAGAACAGAAGCCCCACCAAUACCACACAAAUUCCAUUACGCUUUCAGCUUGCGAGAUUUCAGCAAAGUUGUGGCUGGGCUGUGCCUCACAACCAGUAGGAUUUUCACCACCGCCCAACAGUUCAUUAGGGUCUGGAGGAAUGAGUUCACCCGAGUGACCUGUGAUCGACUUAUUACAAAAAAGGAUAACAGUCUGAUUCAAAAUUUAUUUGAAGGGGUUAUUGAGAAGUACUUUCCCAGUAGCCUGAACUAUGUAAUUCGGGAUCCGCUGCUGUUUGGUGACUUCCGCAAUGCUGUAAUUGGAGACGCAAAUCCACGCAGGGACUAUGAAGAUUUACUCGACUAUGAUGCUGUAUUUCACCUCUUUGAAGAAGUUUUAUUGAAGUAUAAUGAGCAGAAUGCACCAAUGCGAAUGAUUUUAUUCAACGAUGCAUUAGAGCAUCUCACCCGUCUUCAGCGCAUAUUCCGAUUAAGCGAUGGUCACGUUUUAUUCCUUGGCCCAGGUGGCAUCGGGAAGCAGAGCCUCAUUCGUUUGGCUGCUUUUACCGCUGGUUGCAAAGUUUUUGGCAUCAGCUAUUCUCUCAGCUACAGUUUGUUUGACUUCGAGAGAGAAAUCAAGCAAGUUCUCAUCAGUGCGGGAGUGUCAACGAAAAACUUCAUUCUUUUUCUAGACACUACUCAGAUAAUAGAUGACGGCUGUUAUGAAAUUUUGAACGAAAUAAUUACGUCUUGCGUUCGUCCAACUUUUUUCAAUCCAACCGACAAGGAGAUUGUUGUGAGUCAACUAAAAAAUGACCUUCCUAACUCAACUGAUGAAGAUAUUUGGUCAAGAUUCUUGAUAAAUUGUGUGGAAAACAUCCAUAUUGCAAUGACGGUGUCUCUCGAGACUAACGCGCUGCGACGGCUCUGCCAAAAUUAUCCUGGCUUGGCUAAAAGUAUGUACCUGAAUUGGGGCUUCAGCUGGCCUGCAGAGGCAUUCAGCAUUAUUGCUAAUACAUUUUUAUCCCACCAAGAUUUGUUACCGGACGAUUACGUUGAAGGUGUGAUAGAACAGUUGGUCUAUGCUCAUACAACAAUUGAUAAGUAUGUUGUGGAAUACAGGGCCCAAUUUCAGAGACAAGUUUACGUUACGUGCUCUAGCUUUUUCAAUUGCAUUCACACUUUACUUGAUCUAUUAGAUGAAAGGCAUUCUUUCCUCUGCACUGAGCAAGAAAACCUCAAGAAUGGAAUCGCAAAAAUAAAAGAAGUUUUUGAACAUGCAGAGGAGUUAAAAGCAAAGCUUGCAAUCCAUUCAUUUAUGAUCAGUGAGAAAGCAGAGGAGAUCCAAAAAACGCUAGAAGACAUUAAUGCUGCGGAAAAAGUAGGGGAAGAGGUGAAGGAAGAAGUAAGCGAAAGACAGAAAGAGAUGGAAGCUAUUUCCAAGGAGUUGAUUGACGAAAAGUGUGAGGUAGAAGAAAUGUCCUCCAAAAUUGCGCCCUCGCUGGUUGCGGCCAAAGAAACACUCCGCCACUUGGAUCAAGAGGAUAUCUCAGAAAUCUGUUCAUACGUAGCUCCACCAGAAGUGGUCCAAAACAUAGGAGAAUGUGUGGCAAUUCUACUUGGAACAAAGGAAAUCUCAUGGAAGAGAGCCAAGAGCAUCAUGUCAGAACCUGAUUUCGUGUCAGAUCUCAUCAAUCUGGAUUGCAAUAUUAUCUCGCAGAAACAGCAGCAAGCUUGCCGAGUUCAUAUGAAGCCAGCCAAGAAGAUGGAGACGUUGAAGGAUAUUAGUAAAGCUGGCUAUACACUUUACUUACUGAUGGAAGAAAUCCUGGCGUAUUGCCUGGUUUUCAAAGAAAUCAAAACAAAGAACAGCAAAAUUUCCAGACUGGAAGAUGAACUGAAAGUUGCUCAAAAUUAUAUCAGCCAGCUGAAUUAUAAAAUGAAAGAGGCAAACGUUGCUUUGUGUCUAUUACACGAUUCUUAUGAGAAGAGCAUCGCAGAGAAAGAGAAACUGCAAAUUGAAAAAGGAGAAAUUGAAAUCAAGAUGAAAGCAGCGGAUGAGCUAGUCGACGUCCUCAACCCACGUCACACUAGUUGGACUCAGGCGUUAGAAGAGGCAAAAAUCAGCAAGCAGCAAUUAGUUGGAGACUGCUUGAUAUGUGCUCUCUUCCUCAGCUACGCAGGUCCGUUUAAUCAGGAGUUUCGUCGAAUCAUCAUCUAUUCAGAUUGGCUGAGUCACAUUGCCAGCUCUGAUAUACCCAUAUCCCAGCCUUUCAUACCAGAAAAAAUUCUAUCUCCCAAGUUAGCUUGCAGUGAAAAUUUCAAGGGCAUGCUCAUGGAUGAGUUUCAAGUAGAGAAUCAAAUUCUCAUUAGGCGUGCCAGGCAAUCACCUCUCUGUAUUGAUCCUCAGAAUCAGGCCUUCAACUGGAUCUGUGAAAAUGAAAAAAACCUGCAAAUCACUUCAUUUGCAGACCCGAAUCAUUUAACUUUCUUGAAAAAUGCUUUUAAGGAUGGAGGAGUUUUGCUUUUUGAAGAAGUUGACAUGAUAGACCCUAUUAUCUACAAUAUUCUGGACAAAAAAUUAGUCAAAAAUGUAAACCAGUCGUUGGUUUCUUUCGAUGGGAAAUUGGAAGAGUUCAGCAGUAAUUUAAAAUUGUAUUUUACUUCCCUCGAAGCCUUCCCGAAUUUUUCACCCAUAGUGUUCACGAAAACAGCAGUCAUUGAUUUCAGCAUCACGAGACAAGCCGUUGCAAAUCAGUUACUGAGUUUAACUUCAAAGUUAGUCGAUUCGUCCUUAGAAGAAGAACGGACUCAGUUGCUGCAUGAUGGCUUGACGAUGGAAAGAGCGGCAAAAAAGUUUGGCGAUACCUUUCUUUUAACUCUUUUGAAAUCCAGUGAAAGGAUUUUGGACCACGCCCAAGAAAUAGAGCCUCUUCUCAUCCUAAAUAAUGAAAUUUGUGAGACUCAAGAAAAACUGGAUGCUGUGAAAGGAACAUUGAAAAGCGUGGAAGAGAAACGAACUGUGUAUGCACCUCUCGCAGAAGAAAUUUCUCCAAUUUUUUUUAUUUUUAUAGAAGCCUCUUUAAUCGAGAAUAUCUAUCAGUACUCUUUAGAAACUUUCUUGAAUGUUUUCAAAUCAAGAUUAAAGUCAGUUUUUACUGAUCAACCCCAAGAUGAUGUUCCAACACGCUGCCAAGCAAUUCUCUUUGAGCUUUACAAAUUUGGCUGCUCAUCGGUCUUCAAGGAUCAUGAGUUGUUCUUCUCGUACCAAAUGGCAAUUAAAAUUGACCAUAUCCGAUCUUCCAUCUCUCAGUCCGCCUUGAACCUGGUAUGCAGAAAGCUUCAAUCAGACAGUUGCGAAAAAGUGAGUCCAGUAACUUGGCUUACGAAGGAAGACUGGAUGCGAGUACUGAAACUAAGCGAGUCUUUUCCUCAAAAACUUCACACUUUGCCUGCAGAUAUAGUUGAAAAUUCUGCUGAGUGGGAGAAGAUUCCAAGUUCGGGAGAUUUUAUAUCUGUAUUCCCUUCAGAUCACUGGGUCCGUAAGUUGGCACCCUUUGAAGAAUUAAUGGUGCUUCUCUGCAUUAGUCCUGGUAGCAUAUGCCACUCAGUAGAACGUUACGUUUCAACAAUCCUCGGAACAGAAUUCUUGAUGCCACCCACCGUGGACUUAGCAGAUGCCUUUAUGAACUCAACUGCUUCCACACCAAUUUUAGUAAUUCACUCCCCAGAUCUUGAUCCAUCUGUUACUGUCGCAAAAUUAUUCAAAACGUUUUCUUCAAAUGUCGGCCUUAAUUUUACAACAACAAGGUCAGAGUUGGGCGAGUCUACAUUGCGAUUAUUUGACGAGAUGUCUGUUGCGGGGGGUUGGCUUGCAAUUCAAUGUUGGAAUAAGCUUGAUGUUGUAACUAACCUAGGUAAUCAGUUAUGUAAAAGAACACCUCACCCAGAUUUUCGGUUGUGGAUCAUGAUAAACUGUGCAUCCUCGUUCCCAUUAAAACUAUUACGCAACUGUAUUAAAGUCUGCUACGAGCCAACAACUGAUCUCAAGUCAAAUUUAGUAAAUACAUACUCUCAGCUGGGCAGUGAGUUGAGUCUUAGUGACCAUGUUGCAUUCAGUCAGGUUUUGUAUGUGUUAGCAUUUUUCCAUGCUGUGGUGCAAGAGCGUGGCAAGUACGGAAGGAUCGGCUGGAAUCUCCCGUACGAGUUUUCCAGAACUGACUUUGACUUGACCGUCUUUACAGUUGCAACCUACUGCAAUGAAGCGACCGAAGUAGGUCAAAAUCUUCCUUGGUCGACUAUAAAAUAUUUAAUCAACGAGAUUUUAUAUGGCGGGAGGGUUGUUCAAGAAAGCGACAAAAUCAUCCUACACACGAUUGUUGAAGAAUACUUUGGUGACUUUUUGUUCGACCAGUUUCAGAGCUUCCACUUUUUCCAGGAUGAUUUGGUCGAUUAUGAUCUGCCCUUUGGUGACUGUGCAGAAGAUUUCCUCCGGAGCAUCAAAAACCUUCCAAAUCAAAAUCACCCAGGUGUUUUCGGUCUUGACAAGAAUAUUGAAGUUAAACAGGUCGCUGAAAAAGCGAGAAAAAUGUGGGCAACAUUAAGAGAAUCCGAGGAAGAGAAAAUGAGCCCCUCUACUGAAAACUCAUUGAUUUCGCAAGUCAGAGAUCUUUCAGAAAAGCUCGUCCGGCCAUUUGAUGUUGUGAAGAUUCGGAGCUCAUACAAGAUGGUUGUCACACCGAGUGCGACAGUUUUGCUGCAAGAAUUGAACGUGUUCAAUCUCCUCUUGAAAGUAAUGUCUUCAACACUGACUAGCUUGCAAAAAGCAUUAGAUGGAGAGACUAAUCUCAGCGAGUAUCUGGAGCAAAUUUCCGUCGACAUCUUAAGCAACCGCAUUCCGGAUGAGUGGUGUAAAUAUUCCCCGAUGAACUCUAAAUCUCUGUCCGGGUGGAUACAACAUUUUGAGAGACGGAAAUUACAAUUUCUGGAUUGGUCGGUACGAGGUGACCCAGUAGUAAUCUGGCUGUCCGGUCUAUUCACUCCUCAAGCAUACAUCAUUGCUCUUUUGCAAACAGCUUGUCAGAAAAAGAGCUGGUCUCUGGAUCGCUCUUCAUUUUACACGAUCGUCACAAAUUUAAUGCAUGAGAGUGAAGUCGAGGAGAGACCGGAGAUCGGCUGUUUCGUUCAGGGGAUUUUUAUAGAAGGUGGACGCUGGGACAGUUCGAGGGAGUGUCUUGCAGAGUGUAGACCAGGGACUUUAAUAGAGGAGAUGCCAAUUUUGAUGAUUCGGCCGGUCGAAGUCUCGAAAUUGAAGUUGGAAAAUACUCUCCGAACGCCUGUGUAUGUCACCUCUGAAAGACGAAGUGUGGAGAACAGGGGUGUUGUCUUCGAGGCUGAUCUCAAAUUGGAUAAACAUCACAGUUUCUGGAUUUUGUCCGGUGUUUGUCUCAUGCUCAAUGAUGAUAGUACUUGAUUGUGUUAAAUUUAGUCAGUACCCUUAUUUUUCAAUUCUUAUUUCCAUGAUGCUUGGAAAGUUGGAAAUUUCAUCCUUUUUGAAAGAGACGAAUUAAUUACAGAACUGCAAAUGUCUCGGAGAGAGAGACAGAUUUUCCAUGGAGAGGUAGAGAAGUGAAGUGAAA